AUGAGUAAUAUAAGUUCUGAUGAAGAUACAAGAAGACUACAGGCUAAAAAGCCGAAACUUUAUGCACGUAGAAAGCAAAAAUUUUUGAGAGAAUGGGUGAAUGAUACCAAGUUCAACACGUGGUUAAUGCCAGAUGUAUCAGACAAGUUUAAAGCUAGAUGCAGAUUAUGUAAUACAUCCUUCACUGCUGAGCUCACGGAUUUGAGGUUAAAAUCAUCAAAGUCUGCUGCUGUAGUGUCAAACGUAAUUGGAGCAACUGAAAAAGAAGAUUUAUCUAUAAAGAUAAGAAAUGUAUUAUUUAGUGUUCUAAAUGACGAGUCAACUGACAUUUCUAGGACACAAAAUUUAUGCAUUAUUGUUAGAUUUUAUGAUGCUGAGCCAGGCAAAAUCACCAGUCGCUUCUGGGUGUUGUAUCAGAUUUUUAAUGAAGAAGAUAAAUCAUCUGAAGCAUCAGCAAAAUAUAUUUUUAACUGCGUUGAAAAAUCUUUUCAAAAAUACUCAGUUCCACUCACAAAUAUCAUAGGGUUUGGAUCAGAUGGGUGUGAUACUAUGAUGGGGGAUAAAAAUUCAGUAAGAACACGAUUUGAGCAGAGAUGUCCUGGAAUUUACAUAAUGAAAUGCCUGUGUCACUCAUUACAUCUCUGCGCAAGUAAUGCUUGUUCUGAAUUACCCCCAGAAUGUGAAAAAUUACCACAGCUGGUUCAUAAUCAUUUUUCAGUGAGCUCAAAACGCCAAUAUGCAUACAAAAGAAUUCAAUCGAUUUUGGAUUUGAAACAGCAUAAAGUUUUACAACCUGCUCAGACCCGCUGGUUACCAUGGUUAUUAUGGUGGUAG